GCGGAGCGGCACACGCGGACUCGCCGCCGCCGGGCCGCCCGCCCCCGCCGCGCGCCCGACCUGUCACGAUACACCAUGAGUUACAUUCUCGUAAAUUAACUUUGUUACCUCGUCAUUAUUCUAGCUCUCAUUCGAUACAAAUAACGAGGUGCGAACCCUCUUCACCGACACGCUCACGUCAACUCGUGUGUGACUUUGUUUUAAUGAUGUAUCUAUUUGAACUGAAAUAACACAGUGACAACUAGUGUUUGCAAUAAACUGUAGUACCGAUUAUAACAUCACAUCGCUUCAAAAGAAAACAUAAUGCUCGUUAACUGAAAACAAUGAAAGUUCAGGGACGGUUCUAUGACAGACGAUUUGCGAUCGUAUGGCUACGUCAGAGGAACUGGAAUAGAUUUACGUAUACCGAGCGUGAAAUUAAAGGAUAAACAAAUGAAUUCUGAAGCGAGCGCCAUAAUAAUGAAACAGCAGUCGGCAUCAGGAGGUGUCAAGCGGCAGACACGGUCGACGUGACCUGGCACGGUAACUCGGCCGCGGCGCAUCAGGAGAACUGGGCCAUAUCAAUAAGCGUGUCCCAGUUACCUGGAUUUGUCGUCGGCGGUGCGGCAGUCGCGAGUGGUGGCGGCGGCGAUGUCGGCCAAGUCGUGCACGUCGGGCAGCGUGCGCUCGUGCGGCGGCUCCGUGCGCCUCGGCACGGCCGCCGGCCACGAGGUGGUGCUGGACGCACUCUACGAGCGCAAGCGCGACAAGAAGAGCGUGCGCGUGCUCACCGUCAUCGUGUACGUGUUCUGCGUGUCGCUGGCCGCCAUCAUGCUCUCGCUCUACUACGUGUUCUUCUGGGAGCCCAAGGACGCGCAGUACGCGCAACGCAAGGUGUUUCACACAGUAGAGAAGCAAACCAGCACCACACCAAUGCCCACAUGCUUUAUGCCCCUCACCGGAGGAGGCGAUACCGAAGUGAAUGCCACCGACAUCGUUCACUCGUCGCCGGAGAACAUCAUCGGUGGCUUUACUGACGACGGGGUCACUGAACCCAUCACGUAUGCUGCUCCCAACGUCUCAGCUCUGUCUGACACCACGCCCUCGGGAGUUCUUUUGAACGGGACGAUAGAUUUCAAGAUCUCAAAUGACACGGACAGUGUCACAUGACGGUCACUAACUCGUAAGUUAUAGAACAUGGAUACACAAAAUGUGAAGGUUCUACUGCUUAACGACCCCUACAGUUGUAAUAUAGAGGCAGCCUAAUUUUAGUAGUCAGUUAUGCAAUGGGUUUUUUUAAUCCAUGUUAGCUUAAUAACUUAGCAUUUGUUCCCUUCACAAUUGGGUGUAAUAAGUGUUGUACAGGUAGCCAUGUUGUUAGAUAAUGACAAGGCACUGAAGGCACUAGCUAAGACAUAGUAACAGUAACACCAAUAUUAUAGUCUGUAACGUUAUAACCGGCCGAUAGCGAUGUAAGUAAAUGCCUGAUUCCUAUUGUCAGAUGGUGCUUACGGGUCAUUAUAUAUCAACCUAAACAAUACAUGUGCAACAUGUUCGAUAAAAAAAGCCCUAGGUAUAUAACACGUAAGUACUCAUUUAGAGACUAAUUAAAUUCCAAAUUAACUAUAGGAGUCAGGUGCAAUCUAGUGGUAGAUUUAUAGAUAAUAGAGAUAAUACCCAUUUAACAAAUAAUGAAGAAAUCUUAGACCUUAAAAUAAUAAAUAAAUAUUUUCUAGAUCAAUAGCUAGCUAGGUCGUCUGAAUAAACAUCAAUAUGUUAGAAGGUAGAAUCUGAAAUGAAUUGACUUCUUUCUGAAUUUACUGAGCCUCACAGCUCUAACCACAAAUAAGGGGAUGACGUUCUCUGGUAGACGUGCGGAAACAAUCAAGCUAUAAUCAAAACUAAAUGUAAAAUGCAGGUCUCUAUAGCUACUUAUAGUACCUAUCAGGCAUUCUCCUUGCAUAUUCAUAGGUAUACGUAAUAUAAUAUCAAAUGAUCGAAGGCAGAAAUAAAUUAUUUUCAGCACACAAAUUACCCUGUAGUGCAACGAAUACUUCUUAUUAUAGGCACCAUCAAGCUAUUCUGCUAUCAACAUUUUUCAUUCUAUUUGAUUUGUCACAGAAAGUACCUAAGUCAUUGCAGAUAGAUAGAGUAAAUUAUAUAGUUAGGUAUUUAUAUGCUUAUUAUACGUACAUACAUAAUAUUAUAUGACUGCCUAUAAAAAAAUAUAUUGGUGUGUAAUCAGUGUAAUCGCAUUGCGGUUAUUUUUAUAGCCUUAGGUGUGUCUAUUUGUUUUAAUUAAUUUUGUUCAGGUAUGAAAGUAUUUAUAUUUAUCUAAACUCUUUUGCAAAAAAAACGGGCACCUAUGCGAAAUCUUAGUUGUAAGGACUUUACGUAUAUUUCAAAGGGGUUUAAUUAUUGUAGUAUGUUUCUAGCAUCAAAAGAGUUAGCCGAGCAUGCGUGAGAGUGUAUUCUAAAUUUCAAUUUUGUACAAUUGCUAAGAAAUUGGUUAAACCUUUUUUUGGACUAAUUGCUGGCAGAAAGUUCGUCGGUGUUUUGAAAAGUUUUUGAAGUGAUUUUCAGGAAAAUGAUAAUGCAGUUUUAAUUAAUGAUUAAUGUACUUUUUUGUUAGAUUAAAACAUUUUUGAAAAACUAUGCGUAUUUGAUAAAAUUUUCUCCUGCUCUAAAUGGGCUAUACUGAUGAUUGAUGGCAAUGUUAAGAGUUUCGGUAUUUUAGUGUAAAGCGUUCUAUUGUUUAGAUAUUGUACCCACGUGUUUUAAAAUAUCGCUUUUUCAUAAGUAAACACUAUUUAGAAGAGUAUCAGUACCUUUGGCUGCGACAAAACAAAGUUAAAGUAAGCAGUGCCGAUCACAACCCGUCUCCUAUCGGACUUUGACAUUUAAAAAAUAUCAAAUUUUGUGGUAAAUGUUAAAAUUAACCACAUGAAAAAUGAUGAGGAGAGUUAAAGCUAUCUAAAAAGUCAAAUUAUUGCCUCGUUGAAGCUCUCGAUAACUCCAUGGGUAUCGGGUUACUAAACAACGAUUUAGCUGAAAGGGAGUCAAGAAUUCAAAAUUAUUGGCUAAACAUAUGUUUCUUAAGAAAUGAGCAGCUAGCCAAUUAUUGUUAUGAUUUAAGCAGGAAAGUGCUGUAGAUGCCAGAAAAUCUCGGUGUAGGCAAGUUUAUUUAAUAAAAUAUCCGUGGGAUGAAAACACGCUAUUUGAACGCUCAGACUCAUAGAUCUUCAGAGGUCUACGGAGUUUCGCAAGAGACGAGGUUGUUUAAAAAUCAUUAAUUACGAGACCUUAAGACCUCUUGCUCACAGUCUAUGCGCUAUUUUCUGUAUUUUGUAGAAUUUCAAGACUUUUAAAAAUGUCAAAGUCCUAUAGGAGACGAGUUGUGAUGGGCACUGCUUACUUUAAAUCGGUUUUAUCGCAGCCAAAGGUACUGAUACUCUUCUAAAUAGUGUUUAUUUAUGAAAAAGCGAUAUUUUAAAACACGUGGGUACAAUAUCUAAACAAUAGAACGCUUUACACUAAAAUACCGAAACUCUUAACAUUGCCAUCAAUCAUCAGUAUAGCCCAUUUAGAGGAGGUGAAAAUUUUAUCAAAUACGCAGUUUUUCAAAAAUGUUUUAAUCUAACAAAAAAGUACAUUAAUCAUUAAUUAAAACUGCAUUAUCAUUUUCCUGAAAAUCACUUCAAAAACUUUUCAAAACACUGACGAACUUUCUGCCAGCAAUUAGUCCAAAAAAAGGUUUAACCAAUUUCUUAGCAAUUGUACAAAAUUGAAAUUUAGAAUACACUCUCACGCAUGCUCGGCUAACUCUUUUGAUGCUAGAAACAUACUACAAUCAUUAAAACCCUUUGAAAUACACGUAAAGUCCUUAAAACUAAGAUUUCGCAUAGAUGCCCGUUUUUUUUGCAAAAGAGUGUAUAUUUAUAAUAGUUUUUGAUGUUGUCUAAAUGGAUCUACAUAUAAUUAUUAUUUAUUUUCCGAAAUUAACUAUAAGUUACAUAAGUUGUUGUCAUUUAUUAAAUGCCUUUGAUAACAAUUGAUAA